AUGAAUAACGAGGACCUUUAUAAAAACUUAAUAGCUCAGUCCGAAAUAAAGGAAACUCUUUCUAUAAUUCAUACACUGCUAUCGGAUUCGAUAAAAAAUCGUGUUAAAAACACUGCUCCACUUUGCAGACUCUGUUUACAACAAUUAAAUAUAUCACUUGCAUGCACACACGCCAAAUUGUGUAUUUUAUUUUCGGGUGGCAUAGACUGUACUAUUUUGGCCUUGUUGGCAAACCAAUAUGUACCAGUAAAUGAACCCAUCGAACUUAUUAAUGUAGCUUUCGAAAGCGUUAAGGGCCAAAAUAUAUCGGAGAAGCUAUGGGAUGUACCAUAUCGAAUAACGUCAUUGGUGUCUGUUAAUGAACUAAAACAGCUUUGUCCCGAAAGGCGCUGGAAUCUGCUGGAAGUAAAUGUAACUCGAUCGCGUAUAAAGCAUCUUAUUUAUCCGCUAGAUACGGUUUUAGACGAGAGUCUUGGAUGUGCCUUCUGGUUUGCUUCGCAUUGCUUUCAAUCUACUGCAAGAGUAGCACUUAUCGGAAGUGGGGCAGAUGAGCUAUUUGGAGGGUAUACCCGCUAUCGCAACAGUUUUAAGCGUUGCCUGGGCAACGAUCUGGACCACCAACUUGCCGUGCAAAACGAACUAGAAGUGGACUGGCAACGUAUUUCGGCUCGUAAUUUAGCCAGAGAUGACCGAGUCAUUGCAGAUAAUGGUAAAACAGCAAGAUCCCCGUUCAUCGAAGAGAACUUUGUUAAGCUCAUAAGAUCUUUAGAAGUGUAUCAAAAAUGUUGCUUUGCUUUCCCCGAAGGAGUCGGUGAUAAAUUACUUCUGAGACUGUAUGGCUAUCAAAUCGGUUUGCGAGAUGUUGUAUAUCUAAGGAAACGGGCUAUUCAAUUUGGGUCCCGAAUCGCAAGCAAAAUGCUACCCAUCAAUCUGAUUAUCUAUAGCUUAAGCUUGUUAAUGCUUUGUCUAUGUCAUGAUAUCAGUUCAACCAAUAAAAAAUUUAACCGCUGAUCCCGUUACCAUUUUGAUAAUAAUAUAAUAUAUGAUGGAUAAUGUGGCUACAUAAAGUAAUCAUUUGAUGAUCAAAGUAAGCUAAAA